UUGACAGUUGCGUGUUUUCGGACGGGCAUCUACACAGACACCUGUACUGUCACUGUGUGCUGUGUAGAGCUCGUCUAACAGUAAUUUGCAGGUCUCACACUCUGUGUGGAUAUUAGUGUUCACGCCACGUCAACAUGAAUACACAUAUACAUGACUUGGAUCGAUGAACAGGUGAUCGGAGGGUUUUUCCUGGUUAGCGGACAUGUCCAAGGACCCCUGUCUCUCUCAGACCACGCCUCCAGCACACCUGACCGUCACCAGUCAACCUGUCACACCGUGAUUUCCACCUACGCUAAACCGACGUCAUGCAGCAGGGAAAUGGACUUCAGUCUCCACUCAGACCCCUCAGUGUUUUGUUCUUCCAUCUCCUCCUGGCACACUUGUGUUCAGGUCAGUCUCAGUUAAUUGCUCCAUCUCAGCCAAUAGUAGCAAAAGUUGGUGAUGACAUCAUUUUGCCCUGUCACCUGGAACCUGAGGCUGAUGUUGUUGCCAUGACGUUGGAGUGGACGAGAUCUGACCUGAAUCCUAGAUUUGUCCAUGUGAGGCGUGCCAGUCAGGACAUCGUACGUGUCCAACAUCCAUCAUUCACUGGACGAACAUCAGUGUCCAUCGAUGAUCUGAAGCACGGAAACGUUUCACUGAAACUGUCCAAAGUGAAACCUUCUGAUGCAGGAAGAUACCAGUGCUACAUUCCAAAACUGAACAUGGGAGCUUUUGUUGAGCUCAUUGUGGGUGCUGCUUCCUCACUGGUCAUCAGUCUAUCAGAGAUUAUCAGAAACAAAGGAGCAGUGGUUCUACAGUGUAAGUCUACGGGCUGGUAUCCAGAACCUGAGGUGUUCUGGCUGGACGGUGAGGGAAACCUCCUCUCUGCUGGACCUACAGAGACAGUCAGAGGUCCUGAUGACCUCUAUACUGUCAGCAGCAGAGUGACUGUGGAGAAGAGACACAGCAACAGCUUCACCUGUAGAGUCCAACAGAACCACACCAACCAGAUCAGAGAGACACACAUACAUGUUCCAGAUGAUUUCUUUGAGGUUCAGUCCAGUUCUUCUUCUACUAUAGCUGGUUUGGCUGUUAGUUUGGCUGUUUGCAUCCUGGUUAUUCUGAUUCUUGGCUUUUUUGUGUGGAAAUGGAGACAAAACAUAUUCAAUCAAACUGAUAAAGGAGAGAAGAAGAACCUCUCAAAACGUAACGAUGCUGAAUAUCAGGUUGUUACUGUAGAAGAACCAGAGAGACAGCAGCUCCUGACAGAUGGAACAGAUCAGAUAAAGGAUCUGAAGGAGAGACAGGCUGCAGGAAUCAGACCAGAGGAGGAGCAGCUGAGGAGGAGGGAAUCUGGGAAAGUACAGAAGAUUCUGAAAGAGGAGCUGGAGACCAAGAAGACUGAGAUUAGACAGAAACUAUCUGACCUGCAGCAGCUGGAUGAAGAGAAGAAGAAGAAGGAGCAGGAAGUGAAGAGACUGAAGGAACAUCUGGAGAACAAGAAGACAGAGGUGAAGACAUUAGGAGUUGAACAAGGCAAAUGUUCUAGGUACUGUCCGGAAACCAUGGAAAAAGAGCAGAAGAAGAGGAAGGAAGCUGAAAAUGAAGCUGACAAUCUGAAGCAACAGCUGGAGACUGAAGAGAAGGAAUUAGACACCAAAACCAAAGAGUUUAAUGACAAACAAGUUGAAGUCCAGCAGCUGCAGGAGGAGAUUCAGAAGAAGGAGACCAACCUGAAGACACUGAUGGAGGAACUGGAGUCCAACAACAAGGAGUCUAAUGACAAACAAGCUGAAGUCCAGAAGCUCCAGCAGCAGAUUGAGAAGAUGGAAUCCGGCCUGCAGACCCUGAUGGAGGAUCUGGAUUCCGACACAUUGGAGGAUCUAAAAAAACACGUCUCGUCUGUUUCUGGCAAGUCCUCCACCCCUCGGUCAGACUGGAUGUUACUUUUGAUGCAGAAGUUCCAGGAGGAACAGAAGAAGAGAAAGGAAGCUGAGAAGAAAGUUCAGACCCUGGAGGAGGAACUGCAGACCAAAACCACUGAGAAACAGAACAGCAGCUCGCUCAGUCAGAACUCAACCACAAGACCUGCAGUUGUCUUUAAGGUCGACCGAUUUAAUGAGUAUAUCCAACUUAUAAACACAUCCACUCAGGACCAACAGCUGGGAGGCUGGAACUUAAAGAUACAGGUCAACAACAAUAAACCUGUUAUACAUCAGUUUACAGACUCAUUCAACCUCCAGGCUGAUCAACAUUUCACUGUGGGUUACUGUGGUUAUGACAGGAAAGUUCCUCCUGCUGACCUGGUGUUGGAGGACCUGCAGCCCUGGAGCCGUACAGACAACCUGCAGGUCUCCCUCAUCAGUUAUCCUGGACAGAUUCAAUAUAACUAUAACAAUAUAAGAUUGUACUUACUGAAAGAUGAUAAUGAGUCCAGAUGUCUCAGCAUUGUUUCCUCCAUCUGACCUGCGAGCGUCUCCUCUGUUAGAGAUCAGAGCCAUCAGAGAAAUGAAGCAUCAUGAACACAAAGAUUCCCUCUGAGGGGAAACAGAGCUGAACUCCAGCAGACUGAAGACAUGAAACAUCUGGAACAUCAGGACUCACAUGUUCCUGCUUGUAAUGCAGUAAACAUGACAUCACACCACUGUCUCACCUGGAGACAACAGACACUAACCUGUGUUAUUCAUAUUCAAUGUAACACUAUCACAGUUUUCUCUUGUGACAUAUUAAACAUAUUCAGUUGUUAUAAAGAAUAAAAUAAAGUCAACAAGCUGAAUAUUUAA